AUUCAACGUUAUCAAAAGCAAUUAAGGCCAAAUUUUGACCAGAAAGAGCCAGAUAGCAAUUUCUCCCAUUUCACUACUAUACUUCCAGCACCAAUUUUGGCUCUCACACACACUCUCUUCUCCGCAAAUCUCGCCACUCUUCUUUUUCUUUCUUUCCCUUUAUACAAAAUUCGCUUCCAUUUCAGUCCCCACAAAAAAAUUAACUAAAAAAAAAAGAAAAAAGAAAACAAUGUCCGAAGUUCUUCUCCUCUCUCUGUCGCUACUUCUUUUCUCUUCCUUCUCCUCCGCCGCCGUCGCUCCGCCGCAAUCCUAUCCCUUCGGAAUUUCCUACCACAUAGACUGCGGCGGACCCACCGACUCGACGGACCAGUUCAACACUUCGUGGCUUUCGGACAGGUUCUUCACCGGCGGUUCGACGGCGAUCGUCUCCGAGCCGCUCCGGUUCCGCCACUCGCAGGAGAAGACGCUCCGCUACUUCCCCUUGUCGUCCGGGAAGAAGAAUUGCUACGCAGUCCCCAAUCUCCCCAACGGAAGGUACUAUGUACGGUCGUUCACGGUGUACGACAACUACGACGGAAAGUCUCACUCUCCGUCGUUCGACGCCUCCGUCGAAGGCACCGUAGUGUUCAGCUGGCGGUCGCCGUGGUCGGAGGACCUCGCGCGCUCCGGCGCGUACUCCGAUCUCUUCGCCUUCGUCUCCGACGGCCAGGCCGAUGUUUGUUUCUACAGCAUUGCCACUGAUCCGCCUGUAAUUGGAACUCUAGAGCUCGUCCAGGUCGAUCCGGAGUCGUACGACUCCGGCUCAAUCGUAAGAGAUUUCGCUCUAGUCAACUAUGGCAGGCUAUCCAUGGGGUCAGGACAAUGGGGACCGGGAUUCAGCAACGACACUGACCUCUUCGGACGUUCGUGGCAGUCCGACGCCGAUUUCCUUUCCCCGGAGACAAAGAAGUCCGCAAAGGAAGUGACCACGAGGAGCACGAUUAUCGCCGGGACCGAGCGGAGCCCUAACUAUUUUCCGAUGAAAUUGUUCCAGACGGCGGUGAAGGCUGUCGGUGCCGGGGCAUUGGUGUACGAAUUGCCGGUAGACGCGAAGCUCGAUUACUUGUUGUGGUUCCAUUUCGCGGAGAUCGAUCCGGGCGUGACGAGGGCGGGACAGAGAGUGUUCGAUUUGGAGAUCAACGGGAAGAAUGUGAAGCAGAUUGAUAUAUUCAAGGAAGUCGGUAGCUUGCAUGCGUAUAGUUGGAAUUACACGGUGAAGAAUCUGAGCAGUACGGUUCUGACUGUGAAGCUUGCGACGGUGGCCGGAGCGGCGUUGAUCAGUGGGCUAGAGAAUUAUGCGCUGGUUCCGGUUGAUCUCGCCACGGUUCCCGAACAAGUUUUUGCUAUGAGAGCAUUGAAAGACUCACUUCGUGUUCCUGAUAGAAUGGGUUGGAAUGGUGAUCCUUGUGCUCCAACCAGUUGGGAUGCUUGGGAGGGAGUUACGUGCCAUGUCAACAAGAAUGGGACUGCCCUUGUCAUAUCUCAAAUAGACCUUGGGAGUCAAGGUUUGAAAGGGUAUAUCAGUGACCAGAUUAGUCUCUUGUCAAACUUGGUAAGCCUUAACUUGAGCUCUAAUUCUUUGGAGGGCACGUUACCAUCUGGAUUAGGUGAAAAGUCUUUGUCUCGGAUGGAUUUGUCAGACAAUCAGUUCACAGGAUCCAUACCUGAAACUUUAACAACUUCAUCGCUGCAGCUUGUGCUAUUGAAUGAUAACUUAUUGGAAGGACGAGUACCAGAGGAACUAUAUUCAAUUGCUGUGCAUGGUGGAGCUAUAGAUCUCUCUGGAAACAAAGGGUUAUGUGGAGUGCCAUCUUUACCAAAUUGUCCUUUAUUUUGGGAAAAUGGUGGCUUGUCUAGUAAGGGAAAAAUUGCAAUAGGAGUAUCGAGUGCUCUCAUUUUCUGUGUGCUGUUGUUAGUUGUGUACAUCUUCUGCAUUCGAAGGCGAAGAAAUGAUUACGACUUUGGACUGCCUCAGGAUUUGAUGUCACUUUAUGCAAAGAGAAAUAGGUAUCAGAGACAAAAAUCAUUGAUGCUUCUUGAGAUGGAGAGUCAACAUGCCAAGGCAUUGCCAACACCUUAUACUCAAUAACUGAUUUUCCCCAAAAAGGAGAAUCAUGAUACCAAAAGAUAUAGCAUUUCUCUGCUUAAUUAACUAGAAGACGUAUAGAAGGGAAUUUCUUGAGGCCUAAUUUUUUGAUUGCGAUAUGAGAGCAGGCUCUGCGGCUGAUUCAGAACUCGGAAGGUUAGAUUUCAUCAUGGUUUUGGCUUUUUCCAACUUUUUGUUCUUGGAAUGAGAUGCUCCGGAUACAGUCUCUGCAGGAUGCAAUGUAUCGGAAUAUAUGCUUUACAUACUGACCCCAACACACAAGGCAUCACCAGCCUUUGCUUCCCUUCCCAGUUCCCUCAAUGUAACAUACCCACGUGGCUUUUGCUGAGUAUCUGAUGUGAAUUCAAUUCAUAGUUCAAUGCAUGGAAUAGAACUACACAAAAAUGGACCAACUGGUCCUGGAUUUUACUUUUAACUAACAUGAUCAUCAACUUUAGUUCUUUCUAAUUUGACCAUGUUGAAAGGGCUGAUUGAUUAGCCUUGUACUAGUGUUUAUUUUGAAUUUUUGACCUGUAACGUGUACUCCUGUAAUGAAAAUUUCAGAGCUAAAUUAAUUGCCCUCUUGGUUUUUCUCUUUUAUGGAGUAAAAAACAAG